CUAGAAUACUCGAGAAUAUCAUAGUCUCAUCAUGUUCACGAUUCCUUCUAAUUUUUCUCAUUGAAAAAAUGGAGUGAGCGGUAUGAAUCGAUUCAAUUGCAACUCUGGAGUAAUCACACUGAUAGAAUGGAUUUAGAUUUGGGUGGGAGGAGUAAUAGCACUUGUACAUCUCGAGACUCUCCGGUUCUACAGAAUAAGCAGUUGGUCCUGCAUGCUGAUCUGCACGAUAUCAACACUGCCUGAGCUCGUACACAAAAUCGCCUAAAAAAAUAUAGAACACAGUGAAAAAAAAAUAUUUGUAUUGUCGUAAAUGGCUGCGUACAUCAAUCGCACAAUAUCAAUGAUUGGGGGAGAUGGUCAGCGAUUGGGUAACGAUGCUAGAAUCGAUAAUUCUCCUCUCCAGAUAUUCGUCAAGGCGAAGAAGAAGAUCAAUGACAUCUUCGGAGAGAUUGAAGACUAUGUUCAGGACACGGUUGGAUUUAUGGAGAUCCUCGACAGGGAUAAGAAUAAUAUCGUGAGCAAGGAGGAGACUGAGAGCAUCCAGGGUUACGUGAAGAAGGUUCAUGGUAUCAAGGAUGUUCUCAAGAGAGAUCACAUGAAGGUCGCAUUCUUCGGGAGAACGAGCAAUGGAAAGUCUACGGUUAUCAACGCCAUGUUGAGGGAUAAGAUAUUGCCAAGUGGCAUUGGUCACACUACAAAUUGUUUUCUGCAAGUCGAGGGAUCAGAUAAUGGAGAAUCAUAUCUGAUGACUGAGGGAACCCAUGAUAAACAGCCUGUACACUCUGUGGGGCAGCUUGGGCAUGCCUUGUGCAAGGAGAAACUGUGUGAGAGUCAUUUGGUUAGAAUCUUUUGGCCAAAGGAGAAGUGCUUGCUGCUGAGGGAUGAUGUCGUCUUUGUUGAUUCUCCUGGAGUCGAUGUCACACCCAAUCUAGAUGAAUGGAUCGAUAAACAUUGUUUAGAUGCUGAUGUUUUCGUUUUAGUCGCUAAUGCUGAAUCUACUUUAAUGGUUACUGAGAAGAAUUUUUUUCACAAAGUUUCAACGAGAUUAUCGAAACCAAAUAUUUUUAUUCUGAAUAAUCGAUGGGAUGCUUCUGCCUCUGAACCAGAAUUUUUCGAAGAGGUACGGGCACAGCAUCAAGACAGGGCUGUUGACUUUUUAGCUAAGGAACUCAAAGUUUAUUCCCCCAAAGAUGCCGAAGAGCGUAUUUUUUUCAUUUCGGCGAAGGAAACUCUGCAGGCGCGAAUGCAGGAACAAAGAGGACAACCUGCACACAAUGGUGCACUAGCUGAAGGAUUUCAAAACCGUUACUUCGAGUUCCAAGAUUUCGAACGAAAAUUUGAGGAGUGCAUCUCAAAGUCCGCUGUAAAGACUAAAUUCGAGCAGCACUCCCAACGAGGCAAACACAUUGCCAACGAAAUAAGGCAGACCCUGGACGAUAUCCUGACGAGAACCCAGAAGAUGCGAGUGGAGCAACUAUCAAUAAAACAAGAAGUUCACGAUAAAUUGAACUUCACAGAGCAGCAGUUGAUGCUCUUAACCCAAGAGAUGAAAGAAAAAAUUCAUAGAAUGGUUGAGGAUGUUGAGCAGAGAGUAUCGAAAGCCCUGAAUGAGGAGAUAAAGCGGUUGGCAGUGCUGGUGGAUGAAUUCUCGGUUCCCUUUCACCCUGAGUGUCUAGUCCUGAAUGUCUACAAGAGAGAGCUUCACACUCACGUGGAGAACGGUCUAGGCUCGAAUCUCAGAGCCAGAUUGAGCACAGCAUUGGCCCUGAAUAUCGAGUCUUCUCAGCGAGAAAUGACAGAUAGAAUGUCAGGUUUAUUACCCGAAACUAAAAGGCACCUUUCAAUGAGCAUAAUGCCCCGACGUGAACCCUUUGAAAUUCUCUACAGACUAAACUGUGACAACUUGUGCGCAGAUUUUCAUGAGGAUCUCGAGUUCAGAUUCUCCUGGGGCAUCACUGCCCUCAUCAAUAGAUUUACAGGUAAACAGGGGCAUAAACUGGCGAUUGCCAAUUAUCCACAGGAUAUAUCACAGAGUCUGGCUUCACCCACUGAUAGCAUUGAUUCAGUGAAAUUCGUUACCAAUCCAGUGAGCUUUUCAUCAGGGAAUGACGAUUGGUCUCUUGCAACGAGAAUCGCUAUUGCUUCUAUAACUUCCCAAGGGACCAUGGGGGGACUUAUUGUUGCUGGUUUCAUGCUGAAGACUGUGGGAUGGAGACUCAUUGGUAUCACUGGAGCUAUCUACGGUGCUCUUUACUUUUAUGAAAGGCUUACUUGGACUAAUAAGGCUAAAGAGAGGGAGUUCAAGAGACAGUAUGUCAGUCAUGCCACACAGAAGCUCAGGCUGAUUGUCGAUUUGACUUCUGCCAAUUGCAGUCAUCAAGUUCAGCAGGAACUGUCAAGCACAUUUGCUCGUCUCUGUCAUUUGGUAGAUGAAGCAACAUCUGAAAUGGACACAGAUCUCAAGACAAUUGCAUUAACCUUGAGAACUCUGGAGGAAGCAGCUGCAAAUGCCAAAGUAUUGAGGAACAAGGCCAAUUACUUGGCCAAUGAACUCGAACUUUUCGAUGCAGCUUACAUAAGAUCCCUUAAUUAAAUACUUGACAUCGCUAGUACGUGAAUUUUCGAAUAUAUACCGGUUUUCUAUGGAUAGCUACAUUUUAUUGUUAACAAUAGGCGAGAAUCUUAAUUCAAUGGAGUGUUGACAAAUGAUAAAUUUUAGUCGCGGCGCAUGAGAUGUGCCUCCUAGGACUAGUCGAGAGUACGGUGUGAAUUCAAUCUUUUUUCUCAAUCUUUUUCGGCAGGAUCAAUUGCAUAAUUUACUCGCUCCUUGAUUUUUUGUUAUAUUUUUCCUAUUGACAUUUUUUUUCUUCUUUCGGUUAUUAGAAAUUUCGAAAAUCGGAAAAUUCAGAGUCCAGAUCGAUUAUAUAUGAGACACUUUCGAGAUUUAUAUUGACACUGUUAGCUCUGGAGACUAAUUAUUUUCUGUUUUCAUUUCUACUUGUUAUCAAUAAUAUCCAUCUUUAAUUUCAAAAUACGUUAUGUAUAUAA